AUCGGUGAGCGUACAUUGUGAUACUCAGAAACUGAUACUACGAGCAUUGACUUAAAACAGAUCCGUUUUAUUAUAAACAAUAUAUUCAAUUCAAUACUUUUAACCAAUUUGCGCUCGUAUUCAGUUUUCACUGUAUUAAACUUAAUUUAUCGUAUAAAAUGUGAUAUAAUAGUAAUAAACUAAUUUGAUCUUGUCUUACAAAAAAUUAUGAUCAAGAUAACAAAAAAAAUGCAAUUUCUGCUUAAUUUUUACCAAACAUUAAAAAAAAAACUUUCUGGUACUCUAUUUAUCUGGUCAACAAUACAAACUUGAAUUGGCAAUACCGUCGACGACGUCGUCAUGCAUCCUGCUACUCCUGCCAAAUCGAUAAUCGCGUACAUCGCGUGCGCGUACGUUAAAUAAGCGGCGAUUUGCCCGCCGGCAAGGAAUCGAGCAGAAUACAGCUUCCGCCGUCUGCGCAAAUAACGCACGCUGAAUGCGUCAUUACUAACCAGUCUUUCGAGUCAGCCCAAAAUCAACACAACAAGCUUAUCUCAUUACUUAUUAUUCCUUGAUCCGAAAAACUACGCACGUCAAACCACGAACCAGUAGUGAAAAUACAACACGUAUAUCCAAAGUCAACGUACAAGGCUGCGACCUACUUUGCCUUCGAGCAAUCCGCGACUAUUUUUACAUAUUCAACUCGGAACAUAAUUUAAUUACUGACAUACGCGCUUUAGCACCGCGCUCGUGUGACGCGAAUAAACUCACGUCUACUUAAAAGUUUCUACAGGUAUUUUUAUCCAAAAAAUGUUAUUGGAAGCAUUGAUAAUUGCAUCUGAAAGAGCCGCGAAUAUUGCGCGAAAGUGUCGAGAAGAUGAGCAUCUUUUCAAGUUGUUGAUAGAAGAAAAAAGCGAAGAUGAAGCUAAUCCAAGAUUUGUUCAAGACUUUAAAACCCUCGCUGAUGUUUUGAUACAAGAAACUUUAAAACAUGAUAUUGGAAAUCAGUAUCCGGAAAUGAAAGAAAAUAUCAAAGGAGAAGAAAGUAAUGUGUUUUGUAAUGCAUUGGGUGAGCGUAUCAGCGUAGAAAAGUUAGAAUCAUCGACACAAACAGCCGAAUUGUUAUCGAAAGUCCUAAAUGACGAUCCAGAGGCUGCCCAUUUACUAGCUGAAGAAGUGCAUAGAGAUUUAACAAUCGACGAUGUUGCAACACAACGACCGGACGUUGAAAUUAGCCUUAAUUACGCCAAACUCGGAGUUUGGAUCGACCCGAUUGACUCUACAGCAGAAUAUAUAAAUGGGACCAAAGACAAAGACUGCCAGGAUUGUCAGGAUGACUCCCAAACAUUUUCCACCGGUGGAUUAAAAUGUGUCACUGUAUUAAUCGGUGUUUAUGACCUUGAAACCGGUGGCGCCAUCAUGGGAAUAGUAAAUCAACCAUUUUCUUCCUACCAAGAUGGAAGAUGGCGCGGUAAGUGCUAUUGGGGCGUUUAUACCGACACGGUGAAAUGUUGCUCCAUCACCUCCGAUUCUCAGACUGAGCCUUCUUAUGUAAAAGUAGGCACUAACGUGGUUUGCCUAAGUGGUAGUGAAGAUCAAAGCAUCAAAGACAAACUAAGGUCCGGCGGUUUUGAAUUGGUGGAGGCGCCGGGCGCUGGUUACAAGAUGCUAGCGACUGUUGUAGGUUUAGCAGACGUUUACCUUCUCUCGAAAAGUUCCACCUUUAAGUGGGACAGUUGUGGACCACAUGCGCUCUUAAGAAGUCUCUCGGGUGACAUUGUUGUUUUUGAGGAUGCGGUACACCGAGAUGAGACUAUAAGCGUCAAUUAUCGAGUGGAUUCUGAAGCAGGCACUAAUAAAAUAGAAAGUUGUUGCAACAAAGGUGGAAUCAUUGCGUUUAGAAAUUGUAGUAUAAUAAAUAAAAUUGUGAGUUUAUUACGAGAUGAGAAUGAUGGCGGAGCAUGAGAAGAAGAGAUAAUUAUUGUCAUACAAAUUCCAUUUUGAUAUAAACAAAAACAGGGUAUUCUUCGUAGAAAUGGCUAUAAUUUAAUUAAACAUUAAACAGUAUUAAAUGGUAAAUAUAAAGUAAUUAUUUUGGGAUUGCAGUAAAGGUUUUGCUGCAUUUAUUUUAAUUUAAAAAUUUUGUUUAUCUUAAUAACAAAACUCAUUUUAUUUCAGUUAAUAAUUAAUUUAUGUAGAAUUUUAUGGAUGAAGUAUACGAAGUUUAGCAACUACUAGUUAUAACAUAUACGUAUGUAUCUAUGCAUUCCUGAAAUAAAACAAAAUGAAAUAUA